AUGGCUACGGCGACAGUUCUAGCACCAAGCGCCCACUACCCCCAGGCUUCUUCAUAUUCAAACUAUCCACCACAUCAAUCUGGGACAACACCGGCGCCAGCACCUUCGAACCCUACUGGCAAUAUGAUUUCUAGCGAUCAUCGCCGCUCUUCCGACGAGAAGGAACAAUCUGGCCGACAAUCUCUACCGUCUAUUUCAGAAGUCAUCUCCGGAGCCAGACCGGGCCAGUUCCCCCCUCCUGCUCAACCCAACAUUCAACCCGGGUCAAGUUUGCCUUCACCUUUUGCAACACCAGCGCCCCGUCCGUACCCGGAGUCUGAGAAGCAUUCCCCUCAACAGCUGCAUACAUCAACAUAUCCGCCUCGACAAGAACCCUUACCUGCCUUCGCCGAUUCCCCCCGCCCUCCUUUCAAUGGUCGACACAGCCUCCCGCCUGUAUCAGACCGUCGGGCAACACCUCCCACAAAAUCUGACCUUCCGCAACAUCGCCUUGCUGAUCCCCAACAGCAACCGGAUCCGCAUGGACCGAACGGAGCAUACGGUCACCCACCGCCGCCAACUUCGCACCCAUAUGCCUCCGGGCAUCUUCCUCCUGGCCAGGUGCCUCUUCCUGCUUAUCCAAUUUCACCUCGACAUGCGGUGCCCGCACCACCGGGACAAUACGACCCUCGUGGACAGCCUGUGCGACAUGAGGAACCUGAGUACUCCAACCGUGCGAGAUUCGAGCACGCGCCAAAUCGUCAUUUUGAGACGUGGAGCUAUCAAGAUGCUCUUAGCCGUAUUGGGUCCGCCUCACGAACAAUAUUCAAUUUUGCGGAAGCGUAUGGCCGUAUAGCGCAGGAACAGCACGGCUCCCACCCAAUUCCCGAGCGUUUGCCCACUGAGCGAGAGGUCAACGAUAUGUUGGGCAACAUCGACAUGAUCAAACGCUCAUUGGAGCAAGUCAAGGAUGCCGUUCAAGCCUCAAUUCAAAGCGAGCGAGCGAGAGAAGGCACAAAGGGGAAGGGGGCAUUUGAGGAGGAGCAUCAAGAUGUCCCCAUGUAUGACAACGGAAUGAAGCCCCAGUACACUAUGACAGAGGUGAAGAAGCGUCGAGGCCGGGCUGCUCCUCCUGGUCGAUGCCAUAGCUGCAACAGAAUUGAUACCCCCGAGUGGAGACGUGGCCCGGAUGGUGCCAGAACUCUAUGCAACGCCUGUGGCCUUCAUUACGCCAAACUCGAAAGGAAGCGACAGCUGGAGGCCAGAUCUCUUCGACCCAAACCGGAGGAUAGAAAUUAA